AUGUUCGAUAUUCGUACUCUUCUAACAUGUCCUUCGUAUCGGCCUUACGAGGCCAUUGGAAUCGAUUAUGUCACUAUUGAGGGUGUUAAAGUAUGGACCUUCUGUUGUGUGGCUACGCGCCAUAUGACUCUUAUUUACACUCCCACGGAAUCUACUACGGGUCUUAUCAUGACGUUCCAAGAGUUUAUGAUGUUAUGGGGGACCCCCCGGUUGGUCCUCAGUGAUAGAGCAUCCUACUUCAAGAGUGCCCAAUGGAAUCAGUUCCUUAAGGGUCACAAUAUUCUCUCUUGGUUAAGCGCUGCCGUUGCUCCGUGGGAAGGGUCUUAUUAUGAAAGACUGCAUGGCGUUGAUGGGGUCAUAACUCCUGACUCUCUGGUACAGGGGUAUACUCGGUCUACGUCCACCUCUUCAUUGCCAACUCCUAUUGUUGAAGCAGACGAGGUUAUUCCGGUCGUACCCGACCCUGUGGGCGCAGCGGCUGUACCUAUCAAUCCUUCUGCUGCAGUUCUUCCUUCUCGUGGACCCGACGCUGCUCCUCGUGGAUGCGGCGCUGCUCCUCGUCGGGUUGCAGCUGUACGUAGGGUGUUCCUCGAUUACCACUUCCGGCGGUUGAAGGAGCGUAGUAACGCUCAGUAUCACUCUAACGGUCAGUGGAAAGUUUUCGAAGUUGGUGCACCUGUGUUUGUUCAAGCCGCUAAAUCUAUCGUGCCGGCCCGUAUUCUGGAAGCUUACCCGGCGCGUGAUGGGGUUGUUCGUCGCUAUAAAGUAAGGUUUCUUCGAAGUGAGCACGAAACGGUGAUCAGUCAUGCAAACAUCGCUGCUGCUUUCCCGUGGGAGACCUUAGUUUCUGAUGACGACUUGUGA